AUGCCUCAGGCAGCAACACUUUGCCUGUCUGGGCUGAUCCCAGGCAGAACCGUUUUCACCUGGGGCUGUGAGGAGCAGGGCCAGCUGGGCAGGCGUAUCACCAAUCGCUUACACAAAGCCCCAUGGCUUACUCCUGGGCAAUGUGCUCUUUCUCAUGAUAUUAUUGAUAUUGGCGCCGGACUUUAUCAUUCAUUUGCAAUCCGAAAAAAUGGCAAAGUAUAUGCUUGGGGAUCAAAUAAUUUCGGGCAAACUGGAAUUUUCAAAGGAGCUGGGCAGAGUGAUGCUGGGGUCCUUUACCCCACUGAAGUUCAAACUCUGGGGAAACAAUGGAGUAUUACCACCGUAUUUGGUGGGAAAGACCACAGUUUGGCGUUGACCGACCAGGGCCAAUGUCUUACUUUGGGACGCAUUGAUAACAAAGCCCUCGGUAUUCUUAGCAAGAAAAUUCCAUCAUCUGACAUCAUAUAUGACACCUAUGGAAAACCACUAAUUCUUAAAGCUGCAACUCCCAUAGCCGGCAUUGAUGACGAAAUUGUUUUUGCGACUGCAGGGAUGGAUCACUCUAUUGCUAUUACCAAGGAUGGAAAAGCUUACAGCUGGGGGUUCAAUGCUCAACAUCAGACUGGUCUUAGUCUCGGGGACGAGAUUGAGGAGCCCACCCUCCUCCAAAAUAAGCAUGUCUCUGGGAAACAUCUGGCCAGUUUCAGCCGCUGCUAGUGGGCGAUUCAGCAUCAGCAUUGUGGCCGGUCUGUAUGAUCCCAACCAAACGGUAUACAUAAUAAAGCUGCUAGCCCCUUAGGAAUGAUAAAGUAACAUUUCCAAUGUAUAAUUAAAACUGCAUUCGCAAUCGCCUCCAACUCAUCCAUGUGGAAUAAGCAGGGUCCUCCAUCUCGAUCCAGUAAAUAACGCGAGGGCAAUGUUUUGACAUGGCAUAUCAAUUGAUGUAGGCUCACCAAGAGUUUUUAGGGAUAUCACCAAGAUAUUUCAUAUUCU